GCUGUUGUUGUCACUGGCUGUCAAUCAGCAGUCAUGUUGAACUUUCGUUUUCGCCCUCACAAACAUGAUAAAAUGCCAAUUAAAUGACCAAACAUGUCGGAAAUAAUGUUGAAAUCAGGUGAGAGUAUAUCGAAGAGUCCUAUGGAGGCGGAGGAGCGUUCAGGCGGAGUCCGGAGCUUCCUGCUCGUGGAUGAACAAGAAAACCUGCAGGUGCGCGAUGAGUUUGAGUUUGUGGAGAAACUUGGCUGUGGAGACGUUGCAGGAGUCAAGGUCCUCUCCAUCUUCGGCAACACGGGUGAUGGCAAGUCCCACACUCUCAACAACAUCCUGUUUAACGGUGAGGGGGUGUUCUACACCUCCAAGUCACCCAGCUCCUGUACGGUGGGAGUAUGGGCUGCCUAUGACGCUACGCUCAGUCUGGUCGCACUGGAUACUGAAGGGCUGUUGGGAGCUGCGGCUAAUCAGAACCAGAGAAUGAGGCUGCUGCUCAAGGUGUUGGCGGUGUCAGAUGUAGUUGUCUAUCGCACACGGGCAGAACGCCUCCACAAUGACAUGUUCCUGUUCCUGAGCAGUGCGUCAGGAGCCUACCUGAAGCACUUCACCCCUGAGCUCAGGGCUCUCUCCAGCCGCUGUGGACUGGAUGUACCGCUGUCUUCUCUUGGGCCAGCAGUUAUCAUCUUUCAGGAGACAACACACACCCAGUUACUCGGUCAUGACUCAAAGGGGCCUGGCCAUGCCGACACGCUGCUCCAGAAGCGUUUUCAUGACCUGGGCUUGGGGACAGAGGCAUUCAGUUCUGUACAGUAUGUGGGCACGCAGACAAUUACACCUCCCACUGAUUACAGCAGGCUGCUGGAGGCCGUAAGGCAGCAAGUAAAGAACACUCACACCCGCUCCCCAAGGCAGCCUGGGAUAGUGUUUCACGCUUUGGAAGCCCUAAGUGAUCGUUUCUGUGGGGAACUGUCAGACGACAAGAUGACCCUGUAUUCUUUCUUCCCAGAUGAGUACUUCACCUGCUCUGCUGUCUGCCUCAGCUGCAACAUUCGCUGUAAAAAUGGAAUGAACCAUCUGAGAGACAGAGUCCCCCACAUGGCAGAUGGACUCUGCCAGUAUGCUCACCAGUACAACAACAAAGUCCUGAUCUGUAAGAGGUGCUAUGAAGGGGGCAGAGAGGUGAUUGUUGUGCCCAAGACUUCAGCUUCCUCCGACAACCCCUGGUUUGGAUUGGCCAAGUACGCCUGGUCAGGCUAUGUGUUGGAGUGUGCUAGCUGUGGUGUAAUCUACCGCAGCAGACAGUACUGGAUGGGAAACCAGGACCCUGAGAGCAGCGUGGUCCGAUCUGAGGUCAAGCAUGUCUGGGAGGGGUCGGACACCUUUUUGACCACCCAUCAGAAUGCUGCCCAGAGAGUCCUGGAUGGGAUGAACUACGUGAUCCAGUCGGUGUCUGAGUACAGCACAGGUCCCACCAAAGCUGUCACUGCCUGGCUCACUGACCAGGUGGCGCCACCGUACUGGAGACCCAACACAGAGAUUGCUGCCUGCCAUGGCUGUCAGAAAAUGUUUGAGGAGGCAGAGAGGAAACACCACUGUCGAUCAUGUGGUGAGGGUUUCUGCCAUCCGUGCUCCAGCCACAGGAUGCCCGUACCAGAACGAGGGUGGGGUAGUGGACCUGUUAGGGUUUGUAAGGCCUGCUACAGACAGGGAGGACCAGCUGACACCAACAGCCAGGUGUGUAAGGUGGAGCCUCGAGGUCUGAUAGCCCGCAGGGUGACUGAGGUGGCCCAGUACACAGUGGACAUGGUCAGCACAGCCGUGGACUACCCACUCUGUUUUGUGAAAGAUGUGGCAAGGCCCGACUACUGGGUACCAGACCAGGACAUCACACAGUGCCACCAGUGCUCUAAAACCUUCACUGCAGCCAUGUCCAAACACCACUGCAGGGCCUGUGGACAGGGGGUGUGUGGCCCCUGCUCCACGCAUAUCAGACCUGUCCCCUCCCGAGGCUGGGACCACCCUGUGAGAGUGUGUGAUGGCUGCCAUGCCCGCACGGACAAUCUGUGAGAAGUUCUCCCUGAUUUAAACAAGAAAAAAACUCUCCAAGUGCACUCAGUCUUCCUCAGAUAAUUGAGAAAAACACUGUGAAUCCUGGCCAUACUGAGACAGUGGAACAAAGAGGAUUAAUUAUUCAGAUCUGAACUGCAGAGCUGGAUCCACUGUGAGGUUUUGAAGGUUUUGAAGAUUAAGAUGGUCACCACCUGCUGCUUUAUCAGUGCAGUCCCUGUCAUCUGCCUUCUUUGACUAACAACAGGAAAGCUGGAGGUUUGAUUUCAGCUGACAUGAAGACAUUUUUUAAACAUUAUAAAAGUGCAGACAUAGGACUCCUCUCAACUCUUGUCAUAACAGCUUUUAAUCUGAAGUGCACCCAAGUGAAGUCUUCCUUUCGCUGCCCUGCAUUACGCUGCCAUUUCUCAGUUUGAACAGUUUGUCACUACAAAAUAAGAGGCUAAUAAGUACACAGAUGCACAGUGAAAAGCAGGAGAUUAUAACAUUUAGAGGACUUUUAAAUCGCUUUAAUCUUAAUCAUUAAAUCCUUCACCAUUAAUAAGUGACGUCUGAUUCCUGCUUGUCUUUGCUGUGACUCAGCUGUUGCGUGUGCUGCGGAUGUAUGGAGCAAGCCUUUCAGAUCAUAAAUAACUUACAGGUACAACAAUAAAAGGAUAAAAGGGCAGUGUAGUGGGUGUAAGCCCAAAAAUACUAAACACCCUACACUGUACUGUGUCAGAACAGCCCUCAGAAAAACAGAUAAUGUUUGAGGUUUCUUUGUUCUUGUCAGUCUCCUCCUCUGGGAUGUAAAAAAUUAUUGACAGAUGGGAGAACAUAAAUCAGUUCAGACAGAAAUUUACUUUAGCCUGUGCCUGUAUUACUCUUGGCAGAAAGAUGAACAAACACAAGCUUCAGUGUGCCUUUAUGAAAUCUUGACUCCUAUUAUUGUAGCUGCUACGAUUCGCUUUUGGGGAUUCCUCCAUCUGUACUAGGAGAAAGACAAUUAUUUGUGCCUAAUUACAGAGCAGGGUAUCUUACAGCCUCUAAAAUAGCUUCAACAGUUUUAUUUACAAUGUGGAGAAAUGGAUAGUGUAAGAAAUUGUGUAGCACAACAGAAUAUAGACAUUCCAGUGUAUGAACAUACAGUACGCGUGUAAUAAAGUAGAAACACCUGCUGCCGUUAUAACAGAAAGUGGGUUAUUUCUUAAGCUAAUGCUUCAGACGUCUUCAUACAUAUGAAAAUGCACCUGCACUAGACUCGACUUUAAAGAUGUUUCAGUAUUUAAAAGAUGCUGAAAUCGACCCCCCAGUAAAGUGCACGGUAUAUCAAUGAAAACAGACUUUAUGCAAAGCAAACUGGAUGCAUUUAUGCUGUUUUUCUGCUGUCUAGGAAUAAUCAAUUUUAUCUUAGUGAUGUUUUUUCAUUAAAAUCUAGCAAAUGACAAUCUGUUUUUGUUUCUUGCAUAAAUCAGGCUAAAUCCACCUACUUAGGAUCACAAGUGCUUCAUUUGCAGAAGAAAGCAUUGAAUGUUAAAGUAAAAGUGAACAGAUGGAAACAGAGAGAAAUCAGCCAAAAUAAAUGUGAUGAUAGAAAUCAUAUCCUGACAGUUCUCAGAUUGUGAGGCUGUAAUCAGCUGAUACUGAUCCAUGCAUCUUAAGUAAUCUUAUUUAAAUUCUUUCAUUGUGGAGACUUGUACUUCCCUGAGAUUUUUAUGAUGAGACUUCCCUGACAGCAAAUGUUGAAUGGGUAUGUUUGGAUCGAAGUAGCAGUCAGUGUGCUUAUCUUUUAUUUGUCCUAAUCAAUAGUACAUGUCUUGCUUCAUCUAAACUGUUGGAUGUCAGAGUAAAAGAGAUAAAUCUGUUCAGAAUUUGGCAUUAAUGUUUUGUAAUAAAUUGUUGUGUUUCACACUG